UUUUUUUUUUUUUUUUUUCUCUCUCUAUCAAAAGCAGAUAAUGGGGCUAAGAUAAUAAGAGAGAAGAGAAUGUACCAAGGACAGGCUAAGUAAGAGAAAGUUCAGAUCCUAGAAAUCUUUCUGGGAUCUCAGUUUGGAGAACAAAAAUUUAAAUGAAAAUUUCUAUUUUUUUGUAGCUGUCUUUUUUUAUUAUUAUUAUUUUAUUUUAUUAUUUUUUUUUUUUUUUAAGAGACAGGGCUCACUAUGUUGCCGAGGCUGGACUCAAACUCUUGGGGUCCAGUGAUCUUCCCAACCUCAGCCUCCUGAGUAGCUGAGACUACAGGUGCAUGCCACUGCACCCAAGGGUAGCUGUCUUUUAUUGAAGGAAUAUUAGGGCUUUGGUACUUACAGCUUGGUAAUAUAAGACACAGGAUGUGACCUUACUAUCCUUCGUUUUCUUAUCUGAAAAUAGGGUAAAUAAAUAUACCUCCAAUGCAUGGUUAGUUGUGGUGAUGAUUAAAUGCAGUAACUAAUAUAAAACUUCUUAAUACAGUAAUCAAAAUUGUUAGCUUCCUCUUUUACCUUUAGAUUUAGUGGAAUAAUCCAGGUUAUGUGGAGAAUAUGUUAAGAUUGUGUUAUGUGUGGUUUUUUUUUACAUUUAGAAAAUUUAUGGUACUAUACUAAAUAAAAAUUUAUCAAGCUAUAUCUUUAAUAUUUAUGUACUUGGCUAUAUGUAAGUUAGUUACGGAUUAAAAAAGGAAAAAUCAGUGUGCAAAUUGGACCUUCAUUUGCUACAUAUGAUUAGCUGAUAUUUCCAUGUAUUAAUGCCCAGCAUGUAGGGCUACUCCCUGUAUUUUUUUAUUCCCCGAGAUCAUAUGGAGAUGAUUGAGUUUUAGCAGGAAGAGAACUAUUAUAUAAUACCUUCCAAAUAUUUAUUUCAAGCUUAUUGUUUUAGUAAACAGAUUUUCAGAAAUAUUUGUAUUCUCAGAAAAGGUAUAUUCAAUUCUAAAAUAUUGUUUCUAAUGUUAUUAAUUCCCAGUACAUAGAUUACACCCUGCUUUGGGCAUGCCCACCUACAGUUAGGAAAUAAAAUUUUAGAAUAAGCAGUGUGUCUUAGUCUGUUCAGGUUACUAUAAUAGAAUACAAUAGACUGGGGAGCUUAAACAACAAACCUUUCUUUCUUUUCUUUUCUUUUCUUUCUUUCAUUUUUGAGACAGGGUCUUGCAUUGUUGCCUAGGCUGGAGUGCAAUGGUGUAAUCAUAGCUCACGACUCACCUCCUUGUGCGCAAGCAAUCCUCCCACCUCACCUCCCCUCCCUCCAUUAGCUGGGACUACUGGCACAUGCCACCUUGCCUGGCUAAUUUUUAAAUUUGUUGUAGAGACAGAGUCUCAUUAUGUUGUCCAUGCUGAUCUUGAACUCCUGGGCUUAAGUAAUCCUUCAGCCUCGGCCGCCAAAGUGCUGGGAUUACAGGCAAGAGCCACCACGCCCAGCCACAGACAUUUAUUUCUAACAGUUCUGGAUACUGGGAAGUCCAAGAUCAAGGUGCCAGGAGAUUGGGUACCUGUGAGGGCCUUCUUCCUGGUUUUCAGACAGUUGUCUUGUGCGCCCUCACAUGAUGGAAAGAGAGAGCUCUCUGGGUCCUUUUUGAUAAGGUACUAAUCCUAUUAGUGAGGGCUUUACCCUCAAUGACCUAAUUAUCUCCCAAAGAACCCACUUCCUAUCACUAUCACAUUGGGGGUUUGAAUUUCAAUAUGUAAAUUGUAAAGGGACACAAACAUUCAGUCCAUAACACUGUGAAAUCUGAUACUUGUGAGGUAAACUUGUGUCUAAAACAUACCUUUGAAUGGAUUGCUGGUCCUAUUAGCCUUUUACUCAUAACCAUCCUGGUAAUUACAUUUGUAAAUUCUUUGGCAUGCUCUUGAGCAGGCUCCCUUUCUUCUGUGACUCAGAGCUUGGAGAGUUCCAACCAAACUCAAAGUCAGGAACAGAGGGUGUGGACUUUUGAGCUAUGCCACUCAGCAGCUAGAAUGUUGUUGGCAGUCUCCUCCCCUUCCUGCACUUCAGCUCUACACAGUGUGCAUUCUGGAAUGACAGGCAUUUCUGUGUGAAGAGAGCCAGUGUGAAGACAGUUUUGUAAGAACUACAAGUGCCCAGGCUGUAUGGGAAACAGAAACUUCAGCAGAUGAACUGACUUCAUGCCUUUUCCUGAUGUUUGGCAGUGACACUGAGAGAGGAUUGCGUGUCCCCUCUUUAUGUGGAUUUAUCUUUUAAGAAAAGUUUGCUUUUGUCCGGGACAAUUUGUUGUCGUGAGAUACAUCAGACAAUAUAAUCAUGGGGCAAGCUGAUGUCUCCAGACCGGUAAAUCCAGAUGCAGUUGAGGAAGCAGACCAGCCCGCUACAGAGCCAGGCAUGGUCAUGGACAGUGUGGAAGCAGGAGACACAACACCUCCUACCAAAAGGAAGAGCAAGUUCUCAGGCUUUGGCAAGAUCUUCAAACCCUGGAAAUGGAGGAAAAAAAAAAGUAGUGAUAAAUUUAAAGAGACUUCAGAAGUUUUAGAACGGAAAAUAUCUAUGCGAAAACCAAGAGAAGAGCUGGUUAAAAGAGGGGUUCUGUUGGAAGACCCUGAGCAAGGUGAUGAGGAUCCAGGAAAGCCAAGCCAUGCCAUGUUAAAGAAUGGCCAUACCACCCCCAUAGGGAGUGCCAGUUCAUCUAGUCCAGUCCAAGUAGAGGAAGAGCCAAUAAGAUUAGCAAGUCUUAGGAAACCUAUUCCAGAAGAGGACUUAAAGAAACGACUAGGCUCAACUGGAAGCCAGCCUAAUUCUGAAGCAGAGUCUAUUCCUGAGAAUGUACCCAAACAGCCUCCUUUACUUCCUCCCAAAAGACCCUUGUCUGCUUCUCAUGAAGCAAAUGAAGGGCAAGCAAAGGAUUCCACUUCCUCUGGCAGCACGGCAAGGUUCAUCAUCUCCACCUCCAUCACCACAGCACCCGCUGCCACCACUGCUGCCACAAGUCUCGCAAAGACUGUUAAUCUCUCUGCCACCCCUUCCCCCGCACCAAGGACUCUGCCUGCUGCUCCUACCAGCACUAACACUACUGCUACCCCAAGCCUCACUCAUAUGAUCCCUGCCAAGCAGCCCCCUAUCCCUCCCCCUAAACCAGCUCACAGAAACAGCAACCCUGUCAUUGCUGAACUGUCCCAAGCAAUAAACAGUGGUACAUUGUUAUCAAAACCGUCCCCACCGUUACCACCCAAGAGAGGCAUUCCAUCCACCUCAGUACCCACCUUGGAGUCUGCUGCUGCCAUCACCACAAAAACAACAAGUGAUCAAAGAGAGAAAAGCAUAAGUUCUGUGGGCUCUGAACUGCUGCCAGUGAUCCCACCUUGCUCUCCGUCCCCACCAUUGCCUACUCAUAUACCUCCAGAGCCUCCACGCUCCCCUCCAUUCCCUGCUGCGACUUUUCAGGUUGUAUCAGAAAUUGAGUUUCUACCAUCUUUAGAUCUACCCGAGGAGAUUCUCCAGCAGGAAGAUCAGAGAAAGGAAGUCCCCAAGAGGAUAUUGGACCAGAACUUUGGGGAGCCCCAUAUACCCUCCAGGCUGCCUCCAAUCCCACUGCAUAUUCGAAUCCAGCAGGCCCUCACUAGCCCACUUCCCAUGACUCCUCCUCUGGAGGGCUCUCACAGAGCUCAUUCGUUGCUCUUUGAAAACAGUGACAGCUUUUCUGAGGACAGCAGUACACUGGGUCGGACCAGGUCUCUUCCCAUCACUAUUGAAAUGCUGAAAGUUCCAGACGAUGAAGAAGAGGAGGAGCAAACCUGUCCAUCCACAUUCAGUGAAGACAUGACAUCUACCUCAGUCAUUCCUAAACUACCACGGUGUCUACAGGAGGAAGAAGAGAAGGAGAGCGACUCUGAUUCAGAAGGUCCCGUUCAGUACCGAGAUGAAGAGGAUGAAGAUGAGAGUCAUCAGAGUGCUCUGGCCAACAAAGUGAAGAGGAAAGACACACUGGCAAUGAAAUUGAACCACAGACCCAGUGAACCAGAGUUGAACCUGAAUUCUUGGCCUUGUAAAAGCAAGGAAGAGUGGAAUGAAAUACGGCACCAGAUUGGAAACACACUGAUCCGGCGACUGAGUCAAAGACCAACACCAGAAGAACUAGAACAACGCAAUAUAUUGCAACCUAAAAAUGAAGCUGAUCGUCAGGCAGAAAAACGAGAGAUUAAACGUCGGCUCACUAGAAAGCUCAGUCAAAGGCCAACUGUAGCUGAACUCCUUGCCAGGAAGAUUCUGAGGUUUAAUGAAUAUGUAGAGGUAACAGAUGCUCAAGACUAUGACCGGCGAGCCGACAAACCUUGGACCAAACUGACCCCUGCUGACAAGGCUGCCAUAAGAAAAGAAUUAAAUGAAUUUAAAAGCUCCGAGAUGGAGGUUCAUGAAGAAAGCAAACAUUUUACACGCUACCAUCGUCCAUGAUGCCCAAGGUUGAGAGAGGAACUCAACAUGGCUGCUUUGCUGCUCCUUCUCCGGAGUGACAUAUGGAGGGAACUUUAGCACUUCCCAGCACAGCCAGAAUUGCAUCCUCUGGGAUCUUCUGGGGUGGACAGCACUUCUUUGAAUGUAGCAUUUCACUGGAACAUUCUCAUGGGCUGCACCUGGGGCAAAACAACACUUUCUGAGUGCUUUUGAACCUUUCAAUAUUGUAGCAUACUUGAGGGGUUUUUUUCCUUACUGGCCACCAAAGUUCUGGACCACUUGCAGGUUCCAGGUUUUACUGGCUGUACCACACCCCUUCCCCUAGAUGACUUCCUAUGCUGAGGCACAGUUUGCACCAUUAGCCUUACCUGCCCUACCCUGAUGGUGAGACCCAAAUGUGUGGGCUCUAAAUUCCAGCUAUCAAAUCCAUUCCUGGUGGGGAAAACCUUCUGGAGGCCCCCAGCCUUCUGGUAAAAGAGUCCCUACCUCCAGGGGAAGCCUUUUUACCAUACUGGCAUAUCAGAUGAAAGCACUGCACUGUACCUCUCGUAACCCAGCAAUACAGUCCUCUUGAGGCACUCAAGCCUGAGAGGAAGCUCAGGAUCUGACAUGUUCUUCCUUUUCCUCACAAGUCAUUGUGAUUUUUAUUUUAAAAUAAUCUGGAAGUAAUGGGAACUUAUGUUUUCCUGAGCUGCAACAAGAAUCCAAAUUGGUUAGAUGAGGCUGGGCACAGUGGCUCAUGCCUGUAAUCCCAGCACUUUGGGAGGCCAGGUUGUGCGGAUCACCUGAGGUCAGGAGUUCGAGACUAGCCUGGCUGACAUGGUGAAACCCCAUCUCUACUAAAAAUAAAAAAAUUAGCCAGGCAUGGUAGCACCUGGCUGAGGCAUGAAAAUCACUUGAACCCAGGAGGUGGAAGGUACAGUGAGCCAAGAUCAUGCUACUGCACUCCAGCCUGGACAACAAAGUGAGACUCUGACUUAAAAAAAAAAAAAAUUGGUUAGAUGAGAAAGCAUAUAUAUUUUCUAUAUACAAAAACAAGAAAGGUGUUUGAGCUCCUGUGCUCAGGCCCACUCUCACACUCUGGAGUGUACUUUCAUUUUCAAUAAAUCCCUUUAUUCCUUCCUUGCAAAAAAAAAAAAAAAAAAAAUCAGGUGCAGUGGUGCUCACACCUAUAAUCUCAACACUUUGGGAAGCUGAGGCGGGUGGAUCACCUGAGGUCUGGAGUUCAAGAACAGCCUGGCCAACAUGGUGAAACCCUGUCUCUACUAAAAAAUACAAAAAUUUGCCAGGCAUGGUGGCUUGUGCCUGUAGUCCCAGCUACUGGGGCUGCUGAGGCAGAAGAAUUGCUUGAACCUGCGAAGUGGAGGUUGCAGUGAGCCGAUCGUGCCACUGCACUCCAGCCUGGGUGACAGAGCAAGACUCUGUCUCAAAAAAAAAGCCUUAAUGCCAGUGUGGCAGAAAACUCUGGCUUACAUUUUUAGGAUUGUAGUUUCAUUUACCAAAUGUUAUUCUCUAAAUUGCUUUGAACAAUAAAUGUAUUCUCCUCAAAGCAGAGUUGUAUCAACUCUGUGAGAGCAUUUAUGAGCUGAUGGUCCCCAUGCUUCCAGCCAGAAUCACAGUAAGGUCCGGCUGGGUAUGGGGUGCUGCAUAAGAAGGGGUGUCUGGAGAAGCCAGGAGGGCAUGAUCAUGGCCCACCGCGCCCCUCUUCUUCUAGUGCUCUUUGCCCUCUCCUGCUGUGCGCUUCCUCUUCACUCCAGAGCUGAUCCUCCUGCUGACUCUCUAGCAGCUUCCAUCUCACCCGCCCCUCCUCUUCCACACUGUAGAGGUAUCAUUGGUGCUGGGGCAUUGACUCAGGCCCCCUGCUUUCUGUAUUUGUAAUAGAUAUUAAUAUGAUUUCCUAAAACAAGAUUUUGUUACUUUCUUUGAAUUUGUUUUGAAAACAUACAGUCUCACUAUUUCACUUUAAUUCCUAUCCACACUAAAAAUACUAAUAGUUUCUGUUUAAUCUGAUGAAUACGACUUUUUUUCCUUCACUUUAAUGUUCAAGAAGUUGUGACCAUUUCAUAGAUUUCUUCUUAUUUAUUCUGUGGGCCCCUGUUAUCUGUUCUGUAUAUCAUCUUUCCUCAGAUUUUCGUCCUUUCAUACCCACAUAAGAAGACUUGCUGAAGAAUCAGAGUAUCAGUUCAAAACAAAACCUAGGCCGGGCACAGUGGCUCAUGCCUGUAAUCCCAGCACUUUGGGAGGCCAAGGCAGGCAGAUCACCUGAGGUCAGGAGUUCAAGACCAGCCUGACCAACAUGGUGAAACCCCAUCUCUACUAAAAAUACAAAAAUUAGCUGGGCAUGGUCACGCGCACCUGUAAUCCCAGCUACUCAAGAGGCUGGGGCAGGAGAAUCACUUGAACCCAGGAGAUAUAGGUUGCAGUGAGCUGAGAUUGCCCCACUGCACUCCAGCCUGGGUGACAGAGCAAGAUUCCAUCUCAAAAAAAAAAAAAGAAAAGAAAAGAAAUAAUACUGGGUCCCCAUCUCCUUGAAGUUUUUUGAUAUGUUUCAUUUUGUUUUUGGAGAUAGGUUCUCUGUCACCCAUUCUGGAGUGCAGUGGCACAAUCCUGGCUCAUAGUAACCUCUGCCUCCUGGACUCAAGCAAUACUCCCACUUCAGCUAAGACUACAGCAUGUGCCACCACACCCAGCUAAUUUUUGUGUUUUUUUUUUUUUUUUUUUUUUUUUUAGAGACAAGGUGUUCCCAUAUUGCCCAGGCUGGUCUUGAACUCGUGGGCUCAAGGGAUCUGUCUGUCUUUGCCUCCCAAAGUUCUGAGAUUGCAAGUGUCAGCCAUUGUGCCCAGCCUCCUUGAAGUUUACUAACACUUGGGAUGGAAAAUAAGUGACAGUUCCACUCAGUCUGUUAGAGGUGUGGAUAUACAGGCAGCCACACAAUAACUGCUAACUUGACUUCUAACCAUUGUAUCUUAUUGGUUUGGAGACUGUCUUCUGCCAGCAUUUUUUGUGGCUUGAGAUAACAUUUUCAAACCCUUCUUUCAAGACCUUUCUUACCCUUGAUGUGCCAAGCUUGAAACAGGAUUUGAUAUCCUGAGCUACUUGUUCGUCACCUUCUGUGUGUCACCAAGUAAUCUGGUUCAUCUUUCAUCUCAUUCAUGUUCUUUUCAAAUGAAACAAGACAUUUUGGGGGUCAAGUCUAUUUGGGUGUUUGUUUUGUUUUUAUGUAUAUAAAAAUGGAUUUUGUGUUCCCUUUCCAUGUACCAACUUACAUGGAAACUCACAGUCAUAAUGUAAAGAAGAAAUGAAAGCCUGGUGUAUUGUACUUCAAGAUGCCUCCCUGAUGUACAGAAUCUUAUAAAUAAUUGCAUUGUAUAUCAGUCUUCCCAUCAAUAUUAAUUAUUAAAUAUUUUAGAAUUUUUAAAUACCAAACUAUA